AUGCCACCUCGAAGAUCAACACGCCGCGCCACCACCCGCAAAAGCUAUACCGAAGAUGUAUUUGAAGCAAUCGGACUAGAAGAUGAGGAAGAUGGGGAGCAUAUCGAAAAACCCUCUUCGUCUAAAGAAGCAAAAGACAAAUCAAGGAAGCGACUACGAGAUGAGUCGGAUGAUGAAUUCGUCGAAGAAGAAGCUGCUGCUGCUGCUGCUGAAGCUUCUGGAGAUGAGGAUGAAUCUGUGAAGAUGGAGGAAGCAGCCGAUGAUGAUUUUGAGAAUGAAGGCCAGAACGAUGGUGGUGGCGGUGGAUCAAUUGCUGAAGAACCAGUCACACCUGCCGCUAAAUUUUCAAGACUGUCGAUUGCUGCGCGUAGUAGUCGCACCCCGACCAGUAACGCUGCCAGGCAACGAAGAGACGACGGGACAAUUCUCUUCAAGCCAACUGACACACAUACUCGUGGCGCGUAUAAUCCGUCCGAACAUGUGGGCAAGUCAAUGCAUAUCAAGUUGUCCUUUGGAACGGAUGACCGCGACCUUCUUGCAACAGCAGCAGCUAGGACACAGUGGUCUCUGGGAGCCGAUGCUACCCUUCCUACGAGAGGCACUUUGGAGAAUGCACCGAGUGCUGACGAAUACGGCCCUGGAGCGACACAUGGAGUUUCUGCAGAAGAGCUUGAGCGCGAAGCUACUGAAGCAUGGGAUUGGUAUUACGACGAUAAUUACGGACCUGCGUUUAGAAAGAGACAGCGAGUGGAAAAGAUCGACAAGCAACGAGCGGAGCAAACAUACCUUUACAGGCCACGCAAAGCUCGCCACAAAGUCAUAUACGGACCAAGCGGGAAUUUGUCAACUGCUUAUUUAGGUCAACAUGAAUCAUUGAACUUCGGAGAUGCGUGGAAAUAUCGCGAUGAAACGCAUAAGACGGGGACAGCUUCUGACGCUCCCAAGAAGGGCAGAGGGUGGGCUAAAAUGAAAACGGAAGCUUCAAUUUCUCCAGUGAAUGAUAACGAACCAGCAACACCAACAGAACAGAGACGGAAGAAUCAUUAUGGGUGGAUCUUGAACCUCUCCGGCAAAGUCCAGGCGUUAGGAUGGGCUCCCAAUCAAGACGGUCUGACACAAUAUCUUGCUGUAUCAACGCCAAUCAGCCCGGAACAAGAGAAGGGGCAUAAUCCGCCUGAGCCACCAAGUGCCUCACGCGCUUUCUCUGCCUCUCCGCCGUAUCCAGGAGCUAUCCAGAUUUGGUCUUUUGAUGCUGAGAACCGCAAGGAUGGGAUGGUCAAGACGAUAGACGUGAAAAUCAAGCCAAAACUACGGCUAGUGCUUUGCACGGAUUUUGGGCAUAUAAGAAAGAUCCAUUGGUGUCGGUUCGCUCGAAGACGGCGUGACGAGGAAAUUGAUGCUAGCAGACAUGACCUGGGCUUACUCGCCUGUAUCUUUUCAGAUGGUCGAACAAGGGUGUUCGAUGUCAAAGUGAGCAGAGAUGCGGAAAGCACGGAGUACCUCCAUGUUAAAUCGGCCGCAUUCACCGCUAUACCCUCGCCAACAAUUUCUGCUUGUAUGACUUGGCUAUCACCCACCGACAUAGCAAUUGGCUGCGCGAACGGGUGGGUCGCCGUAUACAAUAUCGCAACAUAUCAGACUACAUCAAAGCCAGGCGGACAGGGAGACGAACCUGUCCCAUAUAUCUACAUACCUAUUCACUCAACGUACCUCACCAACAUCGAAACAGCUUACCCACAAUACCCACAUCUUAUAUCAACUGUAUCAAUGGACGGAAAUACCAGGCUUACCUCUCUACUUGACGCUGUCAAGGACGUAGUAGAGACACAAAGACAACGUCUUGGGGCAAUGCAGAUCUCCUACUACCCUCAUCUACAAGCGUUUGUGUCAAGCGACGAGAAUGACUUUGUGCGCGGAUUGUCCGUCCGCCGAUUCUAUACUGCUACAUCCAUCGGCAAGAUCCCGAGCACGAUAACAACCAUUGCCAGCGGAAGUCUCUGGCAUCCAUCUGUUAUGGUUGGUUGUACUGAGGGUUCUAUAUAUUGCUUUAAUCCGCUUCGUAGGUUCAUGCACUCCAAGGAAGCAUAUUAUCAUGCAAGGUGGUUCCUACACGAAUGGGCUGUAGGGAAAGAUGUGGAGACACCCAAUACGAGCCGCUUCACGGAUGACCUGGAAGUGGAAAAUUUGAGUCUGGUGCGAAAUACAGAAGGUGGCAAGAUUGUGAAUGGUGUGAUGACUAUUACGAUAUAUGAUGAGCAGCAGCAUGUUCUUGCUCUUAAUUGGAAUCCUAAUCAGCAUUGUGCAGGUUGGGCAGCUGCUGGCUUGGGGUCUGGAUUGGUACGUGUGGAGGAUUUGGCGAUGUUUCAUUAG